AUGUACAUAGCGCAAACGGUGCCCUCGUUGAAAUUAGUGGACGGUCGUCGGAUACCCAUGAUCGGUUUGGGUACACUCACCAUCACAAACGAAACAGUUAUCAAACAGGUGAUUGAUGAUGGUCUGGCGGUUGGGUACCGGCACAUUGACACCGCGUACUUCUAUAUGAACGAGCGGUUUGUUGGGGAAAAAUUACGGGAAAUAUUUUCCCGCCCGCGCGGGUCGGGACCGGACGGAAUUGGCCUCCAGCGGCGGGACAUAUGGGUCACUAGUAAACUGUGGUGCACUUAUCACAGCCGGGCAAAAGUGGCCGAGGGUCUAAAGCUGACCCUAAAGCGAUUAAAUAUACAAUACCUGGACAUGUAUUUAAUACACUUUCCGUUUGGGUUUGAAGAGGGUGGCGAAGAUAUACCCCUCACCCCCGAUGGGCUGACACGUGACUCAAAUGUUUCAGUGGUGGAGACGUGGAAGGGUAUGGAAGAUGUUUAUCGAGCUGGCCUGGUCAAAUCGAUUGGUGUGUCUAAUUUUAAUGUGAAUCAGCUAUGCAGAUUGAUGCGCCAGUGUCAGAUUAAGCCCGUGGUUAAUCAGCUCGAAAUACACCCAUAUUUGGCCGAGGUAGAAUUAGUUAGAUUUUGUCAACGUCUGGGCAUACGAGUGGAGGCCUAUAGCCCACUGGCAAAAGCAAACCAAACUCUAUUAAAUGAACCCAUAUUAGUAAAAAUUGGCCAGCGAUUCAACAAAACGCCUGCCCAGGUGAUAAUGCGCUGGCUCAUUCAACGUAAUAUAGUAGUUAUACCCGGUACAACUAAAAAACACAGAUUGGUUGAAAAUUUUAGUUUGUUUGACUUCAAAUUGACCCAGGACGACAUGAAACAGAUUUAUAGUUUAGAUCGUAACUGGCGCAAAACUGAUUUUCCACCAGCGCGAUUCAAUAGCGAAUACCCUUAUAAUCGCAUGGGAUUUUAG